UGUGCUAGCCCCGCCCCGCCCCGGCCGCCGCAGCGAUGGCGGCGCCGCGCCCGGCCUGGCCCCGCUCCCGCUGGAGCCGCCGCAGGUCCCGGAGAUGCUGGUGCGGGCAGCAAGUUCAUCCGCUGGGACGAGGAACCGGCCACCCGCACCCUGGUGACGCUGCGCGUCGACCCGAUGGCUUCUUCCUGUACUGGACCGGCCCCAGCAUGGAGGUUGACCUGUUGGACAUCUGUGUGAUCCGCGACACCCGGACCGGGCGCUACGCGCGGGUGCCGAAGGACCCCCGCACGCGGGAGCUGGUUGGGGUUCGGGGGCCCGGGGGGGCACCCCCAGGAGCGGCUGCUCACGGUGGUUCACGGCCCCCGACAUGGUCAACGUCGCCUUCCUCAACUUCGUGGCCGUGCAGGACGACGUGCCAAGGGUAUGGACCGAGGAGCUCUUCAAGUUGGCCACCAACAUUCCUGGCGCGAAACGCGUCGCGCAACACGUUCCUGCGCAAAGCCUACACGAAGCUGCGGCUGCAGGUGAACCAGGACGGGCGCAUCCCUGUCAAGAACAUCCUGAAGUUCUCAGCUGACAAGAAGCGGGUGGAGACGGCGCUGGAGUCCUGCGGCCUCAGCUGCAACCGGAGCGACGCGAUCCCCCCCGAGGAGUUCACCCUCGACACGUUCCGGCGGUUCCUGAGCAAGCUGUGCCUGCGCCCCGACAUCGACAAGAUCCUGCUCGAGAUCAGCACCGUGGGGAAGCCGUAGCUCAGCCUGGAGCAG